AUGGAGGCAGCCACAACUACACCGAACUCUGUCACACUCAAUUCUGCCAUCUCAGUCUGUGAGAAGGGUGGGCAAUGGGCCCGUGCUUUGGACCUUUUCGAGCAACUCCCUGGGCUGCAAGUGGCUACAGAUGUUGUAAGCUUCACAGGCGCCAUCAACGGCUGCGCCAGGGUUUCAAGCUGGCAGAUGGCCUUGUGCCUUCUCUGGUCAAUGGCAGAUGCCUCUGUGUCUCCCAACAUCCGCAGCUACAACGGUGCUAUGGCUGCUUGCGUAGCCGAGGGACACUGGGAGCUGGCUUUGCAUCUUCUGUGGUUGCUGCCAUCGGAAUCUCUGGACUUGAAUGCGAUCAGCUUCAACACGGCCAUGAAUGCUUGUGACAAGGGCGGCCAGUGGCAAGCGGCCCUUCAACUCAUGGACGCCAUGACCGCCUACCGCCCUCAACCCACAGCGGUAUCCUUCGGCACAGCGAUCUCUGCAGCCAGUUCCGCAGGGCGUUGGGAAGUGGCCCUUCAGGGGCUGUGUGGUAUGGCAGCCGCGCGCCUGCCACAGGACGUGAUAGCCUUUACCAGCGCCAUGGACGCCUGUGCCGGAGCCAAUCACUGGGAGGCUGUCCUGCGACUUCUCGAGGACAUGGAGAGCCACGCGUUGGCGCCCAACUCGCAGACCUUUGGUGCCGCUCUUGGAGCCUGCAUAAGAUCUUGGGAAUCAGCGCUGUUGCUGCUGAAGAAGAUGCAGAACUGCCAGAUGGUCCCGGACGCCCUCCACGUUGGCUCUGCACUGGAGGCACUUCGCCAGUGUGGCUGUGGUGAAAGUGCAUCCUGGCAUCUGCUGACUUCCUUUCGCUCUCUUUGGGAGGCCGAGACACCCGCAGCGCCUUUGGCCAAGUCGCCAGCCGUUGGCGGCUGCAUCAUUGGUGCAGCGCCCGGGCUCGUGGCGCUAAAUAAGCCGCCGGACGUCUCCACGGAGUCAGUUCUGGCAGACCUGGCCCAGCAGCUUCAGGUGUCCUUUGCCAGUUUGGGUGCCCUCUCGCGCCUUGACCAUCCCACCUCGGGAGUGCUCCCGGUCUGCCUGGCUGCUGAAGGCUCCGGUGCGGCUCGGUGGCUCCAGGCCCAGUUCGCCGCGCGGCUUGUGCGUAAGGAGUACCGCUGCCUCUGCGAGGGUCCCUCACUGGGCCAAGUUGGGUCGAUGGGCCAGGUUGACAGGCCACUCUUCACCGACGAGCUCAAACAAGGCGGUGAACGUACUUCAGUGGACCUUGUGAAAGGACGCCGAGCUAGCACAGAGUACGAGGUCCUGCAUAGGUACCGCUCCAAAAAGCAUCCCGCUGAGGAGCUGAUGCUCCUUUGCGCUCGUCCCCUCACGGGUCGGACCCACCAAAUCCGAGUGCACCUCGCCAGUCUGGGUCGGCCGAUCCUCGGCGACCUCAGUUAUGGCCUGCGCAGCAAGUCCGCCCUCCCCACGCAACGCCUUUUCCUCCAUUGCUUCCGGGUGCAGCUGCGGGACGCAUCUGGAAGCACGUUCACAGCGGAAGCGCAGCUUCCGCCGGACUUGCUGCAGAUUUUGCAGUCUUUGACUGCUCUUUGA